AUUGACUUGAACGCUUUUGCUCUGUUCUUCUCACUCACACAUACACUCUUCAUCUUCCAAACCAUUUGAUAAUCCUCGAACAAGUUUGAUCAUCAAAGCCUCCAUUCGAGAAAUCACAGCUCGAACAGUUUUCAACACUUCGGAAAACAACCCAUCUGAAAAGCUUUCCACCACAUUCUACCGAUUGAUCGAGUCAACUCUCACUCAAAAAUCAAGCUCAAAUUCAAUCAAGUCAACCGUUAAACAGCCAUGCGAUCCAGUGCUUCUCCAGCUCCACCAUCGCGCCUUGCACCGUCCGGAAAAAUCGACGCGGUUGGCCUCGAGAACGACGUUGAGGCAAUUAUGAAUUGGCUCCGUCGAGAUGCGCACGAGCUCCUCUUCAUCCCGAUCGCCGGCGCAGGAGGAAUCGUAUCUCAGGAAUAUAGUUUCAGCGACAUUUUCGCAAAUCUGCUUGUUUCCAUGAAAAAAUUCGUUAGAGAAGACAUUUCCAGCUUAACCAAAGAGGAAAUUCCCUUAAAAGUUCACCAAACUUUAACGAAUCGAAGAUAUUUUAUCGUAAUUGAUGAUAUGUGGAGUACCAAGGCUUGGGAUGAGAUAAAGCCCUAUUUCCCCAACAACAACAACACAAGUCGGAUAAUAUUGACCACGAGGCUAGAGGAUGUGGCUGAGUAUGUUGUUUUUCCGGAGAAAUUCCAUCAGAUGCAGUAUUUGGAAGAUGAUCAGAGUUUGAGUCUGCUUAAGAAGGAGUUAUGUAAAGGGGAAUGUCGUCUUCCGAUGAUGGAAACGAUGGAGGAUAUAGCAACAAGGAUCACGAAGAGCUGCGGAGGGCUGCCCCUUGCGAUUGUGGUGACUGCAGGACUUCUCUCGGAAGUCAGUGAGACGGAAGCUGACUGGGAGCAGAUCGCCUUCACCUCGAAUCUGGCCAUCACUGCGGAUGAGGACCAGUAUACUGCGAUCUUAGAUUUGAGCUAUACCAAUUUGCCUCACCAUUUGAGGCCUUGUUUCUUAUACAUGGGAGCCUUUCCGGAAGAUUAUGAUAUUCGAGUCUCGAAAUUGGUGAAAUUUUGGAUAGCUGAGGACUUGGUUAAAUCAAUUGCACCCAAAACCCCUGAAGAGGUAGCAGAGGGGUGGCUGGAGGAUUUGGUUAGGAGGAAUCUUGUUUUGGUUACCAAGAGGAAGUCGAAUGGCAGAAUCAAGAGCUGUGGCCUUCAUGAUCUGUUGCGCGACUUGUGCCUUAUGAGAGCCCUGGAAGACAAUUUUCUUCUAUGUUUUAUGGGUUCGUUUUUUCUACCCGAAAUCUUUGCAACUCAGCUUCGUAUUAGUAUAUCUCAUUCCAAUAUCCUUGCACACAUUGACGGCUCAACCAUUCAUACUAUUAUAUGCUACAGCCAUAGUUCAGUAGACUCUUUGGAGAAAUUUAGGUUGCUCAAGGUUUUGGAUAUGUUAAACUCAAAAAUCCCAGCUCAUGUGUUUGAGCUGAUUGAUCUUAGAUUUCUUGCUUUUAGCUACUCCACUGUGAAUCCCGCGUCGAUACCAAGCCUCCAGUAUCUCCAAACCUUGAUUAUUUAUCCAAAUAACUCUUCUGUGGUGGUUCAGUUGCCGGUUGAGAUAUGGAAGAUGCCAUGGUUAAGGCAUCUCAUCUCCCCCUCCUUACAACUCUUGCUCCACCCCGAUGGAGCAACUCCUCCUUCCGAAAGCUUGCAAACGCUUUCACUUGCAGCCAACUUUGAAUGUAAUGAAAGGGUGGUGAAAAUGAUUCCUAAUGUUAGGAAGUUGGGCGUAUGUUACUCCGAAGAGAAGCUUGAUGGGAGCUAUCAUCUAGAGAACCUUCAAUGUUUGAAUCGACUUGAGAAAUUCAAAAUGGAGAUACGUAGUAGUCUCCCUUUCAGUCCACAGCUGAAUUUUGUUCUUCCCGAGUCUCUCAGAAAGUUAACCUUGAGCGGUUGGCGGCAUACUUGGGAAGAUUUGAGUAUUGUCGGUUCGUUGCCUAAUCUUCAAGUGCUCAAACUGCGAAACUACGCCUGUGAUGGAAAAAUUUGGGAACCAAUUGAGGGAGAAUUCGAACAGCUGGAAUUUCUUCUAAUUGACGAAUCAAAUCUUGAGGAAUGGUUGGCAGAAAGCAACCACUUUCCGAAACUCAAGAGUCUAGUGCUUAAAGGCUGUCCUUCUCUUAGUGUGAUUCCAGAGGAUAUCGGAUUCAUUCCGACACUUGAAUUGAUUGAACUCGAUGGGCAGAACAAAUCUCUUGUGGAGUCGGCCAAAAGCAUUCAAAAGGAUCAAAUGGAGAAUGAAAAUUACAGCAUUCAUAUUCGUUAUUGAAAUGCUCUUUUACUUAUCAGUUUCUGGAACACUAUUUAUAUAUUUGUAGCAGUAUCUUGUGGCUUUCUGAAUGUUGAUGAUUUUGGCAGACUAAUGCUGUGUGAUUUUGUCAUGUAAUGCAUUACUGUGUGAUUUUUUCAUUUAAUGCUUCUUGUUGUA